AUGCAGCUCCCCCCCUUUGAUAUGUGGAAGGACUAUUUAAAUUUGAACCAGGUGCUGGUGGCCCUGAUCCAUGCUGGGAGGCCAAGGCCAGAGGCCCAAAGGGUCGAGGAGGAGCCGAGGGCUGAGUCUGAGGCCCUGGGGCCGGCCAGGGGUUCCGGAGAAGAUCUGGGUGCCCUCUGUAACUUCUGCAAACACAACGGGGAGUCGCGCCACGUGUAUGCGUCCCACCACCUGAAGACGGCAGAGGGUGUGGUAGUGUGCCCCAUCCUGCGGCACUACGUGUGUCCCCUGUGCGGGGCCACCGGUGACCAGGCGCACACCCUCAAGUACUGCCCCCUGAAUGGGGGCCAGCAGUCUCUGUACCGCCGCAGUGGACGGAACUCGGCUGGCCGCAAGGUCAAGCGCUGA